CUGCUCUUCGCUUUGCCAGUGGACAAUGGUAGGACGGGAAAUAUCAUAGCUUUCUAUAGUUAAUAACCGUAUCAUUAAAAGAAAAAUAGAGUAAUCGUGGUAAGAAUGUACAAUGGGCCUGUUCCAAAAGUUGGCGAAUUUCCUAGGAGUGCGGAAGAGAGAAGUCAAUGUGUUAGUUGUGGGAUUAAAUAACAGCGGCAAAUCCACGAUUGUGAACAGUUUCAAAAAUGAAGAUGACAAAGUGUGCGAAAUUGUUCCCACUGUCGGAUUUAGUGUGGAAAAAUUUCAAAACAAAAGUUUGGCAUUUACUGCAUUCGACAUGUCAGGUCACGGUCGCUAUCGUGACUUAUGGGAGCAUUACUAUAAAGACUGCCACGGAAUUAUUUUUGUAAUAGACAGUAGCGACCGCCUUCGUCUGGUCGUGGUGAAAGAAGAAUUGGAUCUUCUUCUGCAGCAUCCUGACAUUUGUCAAAAGAAAAUUCCCAUUCUAUUUUUUGCGAACAAGAUGGACUGCAAGGACGCUUUGAGCAGUGUGAAGAUUGCUGCCGCUUUGGGGUUAGACAAAAUAAUGGAUAAACCUUGGCAUAUAGCUGCGAGCAACGCUAUAACGGGAGACGGCCUGCAGGAGGGAGUGGAAUGGCUAACCGAGCAGAUCAGAGAAUUUUUAAAUUACAGGAAUUCGUAGCACAACAAGUUUUCGAUGACUGUGUCGAAAACCGACGAGACCAACGAUUGUGUUAAGAUUUCUUUUCUAUAAUGCUGAUCAAUUGUUGUAUAAUAGUCGCUAAAUGUAUCUGGUGUACGCUUUUUUAUAUUGGUAGCCGAUGUAAUGCCAACUUCAAUCAAAAACCACCCUGCCCUAAAGUCUCCAGCCUAUUAAAAUAUUGAAAAAGUACCGGAAGUCAAAAAUUUGUUUAACGUAAAUAUCAUCGUCUUCAUCAGUUCACAAUCUCCAACCUGACAGGUUAUCGGAGUUAUUUCCUAUUUUUUGCCAAAAACAUAUUUCACGAUGCAAAAAUGGAUAUUCCAGUGACUGUACUGAGUAUCGAAUCAAUAGUGUAAAGACCGGGAUUAAAUCUAUAGACUGUUCUCGGAACUAUUGUCUUUCAAUAAUUACUAUGGGCUCCCAUAAAUUUUUGAUUGUCUUUUAGUUUGAUCAAAAUAACAGAAAACUUAUUUGUUAUUUUGAACGAUUGAUGGUGAUUUUGUUGGAGUUCUGUAUAACAACGACGCGCAAAUUAACUCACGAUAUCAAUAUAUACAGGGUGUUUCAGAAUAAAUGCGCAAAAUUUUAGAAGAUGAUUAUUUGUUUAAAAUAAGAGGUAGUUUGUUAAAUAAACGUUGGGUCAAA